AUGUUGUCUUCCACCGUCGUUCGCCGAGUCGCUGGCGCGCGCGCCGCCGCCAGUCGGCCUCUCGUUCAGUGCGCCCAGCCGUCGCUGCUUGGCCGUCGGGCCUACGCGACGCCACCAAAGGAGGAGACAGAUCCCCAGCUACUCGGAUACCCUCAACUUCCGUUUACUUCAAGUCAAUAUCUACCGGCCAAGGGUUGGCAAGACUCACUCAUGAGGAGGAACUACGGCGACACUCUGCACGACAAGGACGAGAUACUGUCGAUGUGGGGGCCGGACAUCCCGCCGAUAGAGCCAUCCCGUGCACUCUUCCAAUUCACACUCGUUGCUCUCGGCUUCGUCACAUUCGGACUCAUUGCCAAAUAUAAUGUCCCGGAAAUGCCGUCCAUCCGACGUGAAUACCCAUUCUCCGGGCUUGUCACAGAACUCGGCGGAUUGGAAGAUAACAAAGCUAGAAUAGAGGCCAUUGAUGAUGAAGAGUGA